AUGUCGAUCACCGAAAAAGACAUGUCCCUGCAGCAUCAAGAGCAGACCGUAGAGUGUGAGGAGCUCAAACACAGAUCAGACGAGGUGACAGACGGGGACUUGGCUCUCACCAUCCUCCACACCCAUUUCGAACCCUACACAAAAGAGGAAGAGAAAAGGGUCCUCCGUAAAAUCGACAUUAGACUGGCGCUGUUGAUGCUGUUCGCCAAUGGAAUACAAUUUGUGGACAAGUUGACAAUUUCACAGGCCGCCACCUAUGGCCUGAUCAAAGAAGCCCACCUUAAGGGCCAGGAGUUUUCGCUCCUCAUCACAAUCUUCUACAUCGGAUACCUCGUUGCGCAGUACCCAACUAAUGUCCUCAUGCAGCGUUUCCCAACCGGUAAAUACAUUACCGUCAACUUCGUCCUUUGGGGAAUUACCUUGACAUGCAUGGGGGCUUGCAGGAGCUUCGGACCGUUCAUGGUGACGCGGUUUCUGCUCGGUGUCUUUGAGUCCUGUCUAAAUCCGGGCUUUGUCUUGAUCACAUCGUCCUGGUGGAAGCGGGAAGAGCAGCCUGCUCGAAUCGCUAUAUGGUUCUGUGCCAACGGACUCAUUUCAAUCCCCUGCGGCUUCAUUUUCUACGGUGUCGCCCACAUGAAUGCGAGGGGCCUGUUCCCUUACCAGUGGAUGUUCAUCUUCUUCGGAGUCUUCACUAUUCUUUUUGGGACGACCUUGUGGUAUUUACUACCGGACUCCCCAAUCGCGGCCAGGUGGCUCAACGAGCGGGAACGGCUCAUCGCGGUGGAGCGCCUCAAGUCGAACAAAACCGGAGUCAAGAAUACUCACCACAAAUGGCCCCAGGUCAAGGAGGCUCUACGCGAUGCGAAGGUCUGGAUGCUGGUCGCUGCUGUCUUUGUCCACAACAUGACGAAUAGCGUCCAGACCAACUUCACUGGGCUGAUUAUCAGAGGAUUUGGAUACUCGCCCUAUCAAGCGGUCCUGCUCAGCAUCCCCUCUGCAGCCAUAUUUGCCGUCACUAUCUUGGUGGUGUCAUUCUUUCUAUCUUCCAAGUACGGCGAAGGAAAGCGCAUCCUUGCCAUCAUCAUCUGCUACAUCCCAGGGGUCGUAUCCUGCGCAAUCCUGCACGCGUCUCCUUUGAACGAACAUACCAAGGGGCUCCAUCUGUUUGCGGUCUUCUUCCUCGGUUGUGUUGCAGCAUGCGCUGGGAUAAUGUAUUCUCUCUUAGCCUCCAACAUUGCCGGAUACACCAAAAAGACCGUCUCGGGUACACUCUUUUUCGUCAGCUUCUGCGUGGCAAAUAUCGUGUCUCCUCAAACAUUCAUCGCCAAAGAGGCUCCUCACUAUAACACCGGCAUCGCCGUCUCGUUGACAGCUUUCUGCCUCAAUAUCUGUCUCUUUGCUGUCCUGUAUAUCAUCUACGCCGUUGAAAACAGGCGCCGUGACCAGUUGGAAGAAGGACAGGUCUGUGAGGACGACACUCGGGAUUUGAUCGACGCAUUCAGUGAUAUGACGGAUGGCGAGAACAAGAGAAUGAGAUAUAAGCUAUGA